CUAGGGCUGAGCCCCGCCCCUCCCCCAGCCCUGUGCGCACUGCCCCGCGCUGGUAUUUACCCCUCAGCUAGAGCUGGGCAGCGGGCAUAGCGCGGCCGGUGCCCCCAACUACCCAGGACGGAAAGAAGCCUCCCGCCAACUCCGGAGACAACACCCUGAGACUGCGGAGGAGGAGCGCUCACAUCCUGCGCCUCUCACCAUGGCGUUCCCGAGCGACGAGACCUCCCUGGAGCUGGACGAAAUGUCAGAGGACGGGGAGAUGAUAGGUGGGUGGUGUGCCCGCCGUGUGCCCGCGGCUGACUUGUGUGUCUGAAGAAAUGGAGCAAACAGUAUUACAAACCUAUGGAACCAUGCAAGAAAAUCCGUGCAGACUUCAUACUGCAGAAAUGGUAGAGUUUAAUCAAAACUCUGAAUCAUUAUACUUCAACGAUGAUCAAAGGCGAAUCGACUAUAUUUUGGUGUAUGAAGAUGAGACUUUGAAGGAUCAGACAAGAAACACGAAGAAGAACCUUCUCUUAAAGCAGAUGAAAAAGCGUCAGGCCUAUGAGUCCAAUCUUAUGAGAAAUGGCUUACAGCUGGAGGCAACAAGAUCUGUUUCAGAUAAUGGACUUGUGUUUGUGAAGGUGCACGCUCCAUGGGAGGUCCUUUGUACUUAUGCGGAAGUGAUGCAUAUCAAACUGCCUAUACAGCCCAAUGAUCUAAGACAAAAGCGUUCAGCUUUUAACUGGUUCACAAAGAUUUUUAGUGUCAGUGAGGAUGUGAUAAAGCCAGAACAAGAGUUCUUCACGGCUCCAUUUGAAAAGGAUCGCGUAAAUGACUUUUAUAUAAACGACAGAGAUGUAUUCUUCACUCCAGCUACAAGAAGCCGCAUUGUUCAGUUCAUUUUGUCUCGUGUCGAAUAUGCAGUGAAGGAAAAUGUGAAAAAAUUUGGAAUCCACAAAUUGCUAGAUUCUGGGAUCUACAAGGCUGCAUUUCCUCUUCAUGAUUGUAGAUUUAAUGUCAAGUCUGAAGAUCCCAGAUGCCCAAAUGAAAGAUAUCUGUUGUACAGAGAAUGGGCCCACCCGCGUAGUUUUUACAAGGUACAGCCAUUGGAUUUUAUAAGAAAAUACUAUGGUGAGAAAGUUGGGAUUUAUUUUGCUUGGCUGGGCUUCUACACACAAAUGUUGCUGCUGGCAGGAAUAGUUGGACUGUGCUGUUUCUUAUAUGGGUAUAAAUCUCAGGAAUCCUGCACCUGGAGCAAAGAAGUCUGUGACCCUAACAUCGGAGGAAACAUUAUUAUGUGUCCACAGUGUGACAAAGAGUGUACAUACUGGUACCUUAAUAUCACCUGUGAAUCAUCAAAGAAACUUUGCAUAUUUGACAGUUUUGGAACCCUUGUGUUUGCAGUGUUUAUGGGAAUAUGGGUUACUUUGUUCCUCGAAUUUUGGAAGCGUCGACAAGCCGAGCUAGAAUAUGAGUGGGACACUGUUGAGUUUUUAGAGCAAGAAGAACAGCCCCUUCCAGAGUAUGAAGCAAAAUGUACCCAUGUGGUUGUGAAUCCCAUCACCCAGCAAGAAGAACAUGUUCCUUACACAACAUUCGGAAAGUGCUUGAGGAUGGCUUUCUGUACAAGCGCAGUGUUUUUCUGGAUUCUGCUGAUAGUUGCAUCAGUAGUUGGGAUUAUUGUGUAUCGACUUUCUGUCUUCUUGGUGUUCUCUGCAACCCUGCCAAGGCACAUUAAUGGAACAGAAGCAAUUCAGAAGUACUUAACUCCCCAGACCGCCACCACAGUCACAGCAUCCAUCAUCAGCUUCAUAAUUAUUAUGCUCCUGAACAUGGUGUAUGAAAAGGUGGCAAUAAUGAUUACAGACUUUGAGCUUCCUCGAACAAAGACUGAAUAUGAAAACAGUCUCACCACAAAAAUGUUUUUGUUCCAAUUUGUCAAUUAUUACUCGUCUUGCUUCUACAUUGCCUUUUUCAAAGGGAAGUUUGUGGGGUACCCGGGAGAUCCAGUCUAUUGGUUUGGAAGAUAUCGCAAUGAAGAAUGUGAUCCUGGUGGCUGCCUUCUUGAACUGACAACACAGCUUACCAUUAUAAUGGGAGGCAAAGCGAUCUGGAACAAUAUCCAGGAAAUUCUUCUGCCCUGGAUCAAAAAUCUUAUUGCAAGAUGUCGUUCUUCAGGUAUAGAAACAGUAAAGCCUCGGUGGGAACAGGAUUACCAUCUGCAGCCUGUAGGAAAAUUAGGCUUGUUUUAUGAGUAUCUUGAAAUGGUGAUCCAGUUUGGAUUUGUUACGUUGUUUGUGGCGUCAUUUCCUCUUGCUCCCCUUCUGGCCCUUGUGAAUAACUUACUGGAGAUCCGGGUGGAUGCCUGGAAGCUCACCACUCAGUUCAGGCGUAUGGUCCCGGAGAAGGCACAGGACAUUGGAGCCUGGCAGCCAAUCAUGCAAGGAGUGGCAAUACUUGCUGUGGUAACAAAUGCUAUGAUCAUUGCCUUUACGUCUGAUAUGAUACCUCGUUUGGUUUAUUACUGGUCUUUCUCUAUCCCACCCUAUGGCACCCAUUCUUCCAACACUAUGCAAGGGUACAUUAACAAUACACUUUCAGUCUUCAGUAUAUCAGAUUUCAAAACUGAGAGCAGACCGGUUCCACCACCUUGGUUUGGCACAGAAACGACAUGCAGGUAUCGUGAUUUCCGAUAUCCACCUGGCCAUGAACACCAGUAUGAACAUAGCAUUUUUUACUGGCAUGUGAUUGCUGCCAAGCUAUCUUUUCUCAUUGUAAUGGAGCAUAUUGUCUACUUUGUUAAGUUUAUUAUAUCAUACGUUAUCCCUGACAUCCCUAAUGAAACCAAAGAGAAAAUCAAGAGAGAAAAGUACCUCAUACAGAAGCUUUUACAUGAGCAACAUUUAAAGUUGGUGAAAAAACAGAUGGGAACUUUGGCUGAUAAAAUUCUAAAAGGUGUAGACAACCGGACUAUGGACAAGUUAGAUUAGACCUCUAUGAUUUGUUAGUGACUGUUACUGAGGACAGGACAUUGUAGUUGCUCAUCACUUCACAUCAAGCCUUAGAAGUGUCAAGAAAGUUUACGGAGAAUAACCAGGAAUGAGAAAUAACAUGUCUAUGCAUUAUAUUACAUAUAGAUUAUGCAACUUUACCAAUAAUCAAUGUCCAGUUUUAAUCAAAACAACUGCAUUUCAUUUGAAAAUGGUGGUUUUCAUAUGUACACAUUUUAUAUGAAGUUUUACAUAUAUUUUAUAUUUGUAUUCAUUAUAUUCUCAAAGUUCUUUCCAGUUGGAAGAAUACAGUUUACUAGAAUGUUAUUUUAUGCUGAAGAAUUACCGUAAGUUUUUUUUCUUCAAAGAACCUCAAACUAGUUUCUUCUACAAAGCCAUCCAGCUGAUUAUUAGACAAUAGAGCAUGAUUCAUCACUCAGAAGUUCCUUUUUACUUUUUAAGAUGGUGGUGUUUUAUCAGCCAUGGAACACCAAUCCAGGAAGCUCCUGGAGAUAUUUCUCACACUACUCACUUGAGCACUUAGAGCUCCUUGUGUGGCUCCAACAGAUCAGCUGGCACUGCUUCUAGACAAGAGCACCACUUACAGUUAAUCAGAAAAGCACUAAUGGGGCAAAAAUGUGGUGUCUUCUUAUGAUUGUAACCUUGUUAUGAGUCAAGCGAGCUCGUCAGCAUAACCAAAGCUGAGGCUGAUGUAUAUUAGUUGCAGUUGCAUGGCCUUACACUUAAUUCUUAUUUACUUGUUAGCAAUUUAUUUCAAAGGUAGUCCACAUACUUUGGUGACGUACAGUAUAUAUUCACCCGUGUCAUCCUGCUGUUUUGAGUAUUGCUUGGGAAAUCACAUGUGACAUGAAGGACAGUUCAACUAGUCACACAUGCAUCAAAAGGGACAAAGCCACUAUUCUACCAAGCAGCAUGGUGACAAAAUACGUGUUACUUUUUGUGUGCCACUAUAUUCCAUUCAGUGCCACAGCUGGAUCUAUGGAGUAACUGAAUAGGUGUUUGACUACUAUAUAAUUCUAUAACCAGUGCCAUAUUUGACUAGAAUGUGUGAAAUCGCCAUCAUAAACACUGUGGUACCCCUAUUUUUAAACUUAUCAUUUUAAGUGGCUUAUAUAACUAGGUUAUUUACAUGAAAAGGCUGUAGAUGUUACAUGUGCAGAAUGAUAUCUAGCAUAUUACUGCACAUAAUCUAAGAAGUUUCACACAGCAGUGAUUUACUGAAGGUUUAUAAAAACUUUUGCGUUAAAUCCAGUUUCAAGAAUGUAAUGUCAAUAAUCACUGCAUUUUCUCGAAUAUUUCACAGCCCAUUGACACAUCAUGCUUGUAAAGGAAUUGGUGUGUCUUUAUGUAAGCGCUAGAGAUGAGCGAAUAUCAGGAUAUGAAAUUCGUUCACUCCCCUGCAUAAUGGAAACGGAAAGGAUCCGUUAUUCAGCCCAUAGACUUCUAUUGACGUAAUGAAUAACGGAAUGCCUCUAAAGGCAUUCUGUUAUGUAUUCAGUCAUAGAAUUGCGUUAUGGUCCGUGGUAACGGAAUCCAUAACGCAAUUCACCUUUCACCAGUAAACGAAGCGUGAACGAAUUUCAAAAUAUCUCAUCUCUAGUAAGUGAUGAUUUAAAAAGUGCCUGAUUUCAUUCAUUCUGUAUGUAUUGUAAUUUGUAUUAUUUUUUUCUAUGUCAUAUUCUAAGAACCACUGAUCUGAAGUCACUAACUGGUUUCUUUUUUAAAAAAAAAAAGCUUCUUUAAAGGGAAUAUCUCAUCAGAAAUUGACCUACUGUUUGAAUCACAUUUUUAUAUUUAACAUAUUUUUCAUUUUCCAUGUCAUUAUCUAUAUUUAAACGACCAUAAAAUCCUGACGUUUUCUCACUCGCCACUAAGCCCAAUAAUAGAGCCACUUCUUGAUCUGUACAGAUCACUUUACUGCAGUUACCUGCUCAUCUGUCAUUCUAAUCCUGCUUGUAAUGAUGUCACCUCUGUGUAAAGAUAGGACUGGAUCCACCAAUCGCAAUAGGCUAUUUUUCACUUUUCUUAUUUCCUGCUAUAUUUGUUUCAUAAGGAUGGGUAGAUCAGGGUUACAGACACACAGGAGCUUCUCUGCUCUUCAAAAGCUGUGUAGAGGCAGUGCUUCUAUCCGGCUGAGCUGGCUCUGGCAUGUCCCCAUUUCCUGUGAACAGUCUGUUACUAGAGAUGGAUCUAGCCUUCUCUUUGAGGUCUUCUGGCUGCACAUUCUUUUGCUUGGGUCCUCCGCAAUCUUCCUCUCACAACUAUGCGCACAAUAGGGACAUGGCAUAAUUACUUACAGUCCACAACUCUUAAAUCACCUAAUACAAGAUUGCAUCAUUAUCAUAUCCUCAAUUCUUAUUUUUACCAAUUCUUACAAAUGAGGCAUAUUCUUGAUAGUGGAAAUUCCUCCUGUUUCGCCACCUAGGAUCUCACCACUUGAAUGUUAUUUUAGUGAGAACUCAUCGCACCUUUGAGGGCUCUCUACUGCCUAUCUUACACAGAGUCCUGCACUAGAAUGUAAGUUGGGCCAUAUGAUGAAAUGGGAGGAAGAAUUUAGCCUCACGUGGUUGCUGGAGGAAGUGCGUGACACCUUUAAAUGGGCAGUGUCUGUUUUAUUAACUAUGCAGAAUCUGAAAUAGCAACUCCGAUGUUGCCUUACCCUGGCUAGGAUAGCUCAUAUUAAUCAUAGUUACAAUUCUUCUUGCUGCAACAGGGGCACUCUAUCACAUAUGUGGUGGCAUUGCCCCAUAAUUACUCAGUGCUGGAAUGAGGUUUUUAAACUUAUUUCAGAGUCUCCCUGUCUCCCCGUCUCCCCGUCUCCCCUGAGCCUUCCCUAGCCAUACUUUGUAUAGGAAUGCAAACUGUACCUCACCAUCGUAGAUGGUUGGUGUGUAAUAUACUCACAGCUGCUGGAAAACGUAUCGCCAGGACAUGGAAGCUCCCCAUUACACCUAGUAUGUCUGUCUGAAAUGACCUUGUUGGUCAAUCAGUAUAUGCAGUAUGAGAUAAUAUAUGCCUCCUCUCCACGGACUAGAAUUAAGGUUUGCAACAGGUGGGAUACAUAGUUAAGGGACCCUUUGCGACUCGACUUCCGACAUCUUUUUUAUGAUCCUUCCUUUAUGUUCUUCACACAAUUUGGCAUACCGAGUGGUGGGUAGAAGUGGGUGGAUGGAGACUGGCAGACUAUACCAGGUCACAGAUUUUGAUAUUGUUGUUUGGUCUCUUAUUACCAUUACCUUAGAAUAUAUGACUUUAUACGGUUUGUACUUUUAUUGUGAUUAUACUACUAUUGAGAAUUUCUGUAUAAUUGCGUAUAGUCUGUGCAACUACAGUUAGGUCCAUAUAUAUUUGAACAGAGACAUUUUUCUAAUUUUUGUUCUGUACGUUACCACAAUGGAUUUUGAACAAAACAAUUCAGAUGCAGUUGAAGUUCAGACUUUCAGCUUUUAUUCAGUGGGUUGACCAAAAUGAUUGCAUAUAAAUGUGAGGAACUAAAGCAUUUUUUUUAACUCAAUCCCUUCAUUUCAGGGGCAUAAAAGUAAUUGGACAAAUUAAAUAAUUGUAAAUAAAAUGUUAAUUUCUAAUACUUGGUUGAAACCCC